UAGUCAACUAGAAAGAAACUGAGAAAGCAGAGAGCUCUGGGAAAAAAGCUUGUCUCGUAUAAAAAUGGCGACUUUGAGUAGAAUCAUCAAGAAGGCUGCAUCUUCAUUAAUCCCAUUAGCAAAUAGAACAGUUCUUCAUAGAAAUUACAGCUCUUCCAUCUUUAUUACCCCUUUGAAGAACUGUAUUAGCAGCAGACAGAUAUUUCCAAGGGCUUCAAUUCCAACUCUUAGUUUCUCUUCUCAAGCUAAGAAGGAACCGAGUUCUGAUGAAAGUCUUCUGGGUUGCCUUGAUGAUGAAAUACAAUGUGCUCUGGAAUCUGAUGAUCAUGAGGUUGUGGAGGCACCAGGUGGGUUUCCUUUUAAAAUUGAAGAUAACCCAGGAGAGCAAACGAUUAAAUUAACCAGAGAAUAUCAAGGUGAGGAUAUCAAAGUUAUAGUUCACAUGAAUAAUCUUGUGACUGGUGAGGAUGGAGAGGUUGAUCAUGAUGAUGAUGACCAAGCUGAGGGUGGUGCGUGUAGUCCACAGUCUAGCGUUCCAUUGGUUGUGACUGUUUCGAAAGGAAGUGGACCGAUGUUGGAGUUCAGUGUUAUGGCAUAUCCAGAUGAGAUUUCGAUUGACAGUAUGACAGUGAAGCAACCAAAUGCUUCUGAAGAGUUGAUUCCUUACGAAGGACCUGACUUUACGGAAUUGGAUGAGAACUUGCAGAAAGCUUUUCACAAGUAUUUGGAGAUCAGAGGGAUCAAACCCAAGACUACCAACUUCUUACAUGAGUAUAUGAUCAACAAAGACAGCAGAGAAUACUUGAAUUGGUUGAAGGACUUGAAGGCUUUUGUUGCCAAGUAAUUAUUGAACGCGGACUAUCCUGUUGUCACUUUAGGGAUGUGUUUUCAGGGCUUCGGAGUUUACAGAUAUGUGAUGUAGCAUUAAACUAUUAACUUUACCAAGUAAACAAAUCAUAUUUUGAGUUAAAUUUUGGAAACAAGGUUGUGGUUUAAUUUGGUUUGAGUUACUGAUUUUGUGUUCCUUCUGGUUUCACAGAUGUUAUUGUGGUAAACUAGUGCUAUUUUUUUCACUGAGUAAACAAGUGAUCAAUUAAGCAGUUAAAAAUUUGGUAA